AUGUCUGGACCUGGAAAUCAAGCAAUUAACAUCAAUAGGGUCGUUGGCGAGCAUGCCAAUUUAGAAAUCACCCAUCACGGUUCAGAUUGGUACUAUGCAAUAUGUGCCUUGAUGGGUUUCUGUACUCUCCUCUUCAUGGGCCUAUCUUUCAUGAAACCUCGGGGUGAUCGUGUAUUUCACUACAUCACCGCGGGUAUAACGGCCAUCGCAUGUAUCGCUUAUUACGCGAUGGGGUCAAAUCUCGGCCAAGUUCCCAUUCAGGCUGAAUUCGUCCGACCCGGUAGACACUUGGUGGGAGCGGCAGGAACCCGAGAAAUAUUCUACGCCCGCUAUCUAGAUUGGGUUGUAACUACACCUUUGCUACUUCUCGACCUUCUCCUGACUGCCGGAGCACCAACUUCAACGAUUUUAGUCACUCUUUUUGCCGACGAGAUUAUGAUUAUUACUGGCCUAAUCGGUGCUCUAACUCGAACUCGGUUCAAGUGGGGAUUUUGGGCCUUCGGCGCGGCGGCUCUAUUAUUUAUUGUUUAUGAACUGCUGGUCAACGCUCGACGACACGCUUCGAUUCUAGGUGGAGACGCGAAGAAAACGUUUCUGCUAUGCGGCAACUUUCUUAUAUUGAUUUGGUUCUUGUAUCCUAUUUGCUGGGGUCUGAGCGAGGGUGGCAACGUCAUUCACCCUGAUGGAGAGGCCGUAUUCUAUGGUGUUUUGGAUGUCCUAGCCAAGCCCGUCUUCGGCGGCCUCCUCAUCUGGGGUCACCGCAACAUUAGCAGUUCACAGCUAGGUCUACGCGUCCAUAAUCGCGGCCAUACCAAUGGCGAGAAGUACAAUCAUGGUGCCGAUAUCCACCCCGAAGGCCUUGGGGCAAAUGUCGGUGGCCCUACUACUACUACUACCACCACUAACGACCAUCCCACUACUACCAAUACCGCCGUAUGA